AUGUUCUCACUCACCUCAAGAUUCGCCGAAACCUCACCCUACCUCCUCAUCCCAAUCAUCCUCACAACCCUCACACUCCUCCGAAGCGUCAUCCACAAACUCAACAUCGCCCGCAAGGCCAGCAACCUCUCCUGCAAACAAGCACCCCUCGAACCCACCCGCCUGCCCCUCGGAAUCGACGCCGUCCUCACCUCCCUCCGCGCGGACCGCGAGCAGCGCACGCCGGACCACGUCGCCGCGCGCUUCGCCGCCCUCAACACCUACACCUUCCGCAUCUCCGUCCUCGGCACGACCAACUUCGUCACCGCCGACCCCAAGAAUGUCCAGGCCAUCCUCGCCACCCAGUUCAACGACUUCGGCAUGGGCCUCGCCCGGAGCACGAACCUGAAGACCGUCCUGGGCCGCAGCAUCUUCGCCGCCGACGGCGCCGCCUGGCGCUCCGCCAGGGAGAUGAUGCGUCCGCUCUUCAGCCGCGACAACGUCUCCCGUCUCGAUCUCCUCGAAGAGCACGUCCAGACCCUCUUCCUCUGCAUCGAGCAGCGCGACAAGGCCGCCGCCGCCGCCGCGUCCCCGGAGGGCUGGACCUCCCCCGUGAGCCUGGCCAACCUCCUCCCCUCCCUAACCCUCGACUCCGCGACGGAGCUCUUCCUCGGACAGAGCACCUCGACCCUCGAAGCCCGCCUCCGCGACGACCACUCCCACCCCGGCACAGCCUUCCACCACGCCUUCGAGCGCAUGCUCCACCUCCUCGGCGUCCGCAUGCGCCUGCGCAGCUUCUACUGGGCCUACGGCGGCGCCGAGCUGGGCGAGUGCGUGCGCACCCUGCACGCCUUCGUCGACGACGCCAUCGCGGCCUCGGACGACGCGCAGAAGAGGGGCGACUCGGUCGCCCGCUACGACUUCCUCACCAUCCUCCGCGAGCGCUGCGCCGGCGACGACGUCGAGGUCCGCGAGCAGGUCCUCGGCCUCCUCGCGGCGGGGCGCGACACCACGGCGAGCCUGAUGAGCUGGACGUGGUACUGCCUCGUGCGCUCCCCGCGCGUCUUCGCCAAGCUGCGCGCCGAGGUCCUCUCCGCCUUCGGCACGUACUCCUCCUCCGCCGGAGGGGCGGAGGCGGUGACGUUCGCGAGCCUGAAGCAGUGCGCGUAUCUGCAGCACGUGCUCUCCGAGACGCUCCGGCUGCACUCGGUGGUGCCCUUCAACUCGCGCCGCGCGCUGCGGGACACGACGUUGCCGUCGGGCGGCGGGGCGGACGGCGCGUCGCCGAUUUUCGUGCCGGCUGGGACGGAGGUGAACUUCAGCACGCACGUGCUGCAUCGUCGGAAGGACCUCUGGGGGGAGGACGCGGACGAGUUCGUGCCGGAGAGGUGGGAGAAGAAGAGGGGUGCGGCGAGCGCGGCGUGGCAUUUUGCGCCGUUCAAUGGCGGGCCGAGAAUCUGUAUUGGACAGCAGCUCGCGUUGACCGAGGCCGGGUAUGUUCUCGUGAGAAUGCUCCAGCGGUACGAGGCAGUUGAGGGGUUGGAUGUGGACUGGACGAGGGACUGGCAUAACUUCACCGUGGUUUGCAGUCCCGGGAGCCCGGUUGAUAGGAAUGAGGCCGUGUUGUGCCGGUUGAAGGUCGCUCGGGAUUGA